AUGCUUCGUCGAAAGCCAACAGCUAUUGCUAUUACUUCUGAGGAUAUUGCUGCCUUUGAAGAGGCCAGACUUCGCAAACUUUCUGAAGAAAACAAACACCCAGAACACGCAAAGGCAACAUCCAAUACCAAACUUGACCCUAGCGAUGAGUUGAAACCACUUCCCGGUGACAAGGCUAGAAUUAUUCGAACCCGGGAAGAAAGAAUAGGCGUUAGUCGACGUGGUUGA